UUUAAAAGUAGUGAUCCUGGUUUGCAUAUGAAGGAAGUAAGGAAAGAUGAAAAUGAAAAAUGGACAUCAAAAGUAUCUGUGAUUACGCCAGGGCUUGAGAAGGCCGAUUCCCUAACUUCGUGUCCACUACAAGUGAAUGAUGAGAGCACUUCAGGUGAAAUGGAUCAGGAUGAAGGAAGACCUGCAAAGAAAACAUCUCAUGAAAAGAAAGAGGUCAAAAAGCAAAUGAAUUUUAUGGAUGACCUUGACUUAACUGAGUCAUCUGGAACAACUUCAGAGGAUUCCAAGUUGCCUUGCUCUAAUUAUAUGAGUUGCGUGUCGCUACCUGCACAAGUUGGCAAGGAUUGUAAAGAUUCUGCUACUUUACUAAAAAUCCAGGAUGCGAUUCUUUCGUAUAAAAGAUUAGUAGAACAACUUAAAAAAUAAAAAAAUGGAAAAUAAGGUUAAUGGACUACAAAAGGAGCUAUCAGAAACAAAAGAAUUGAAAUCGCAGUUGGAGCAUCAAAAAGUGAAAUGGGAACAAGAACUUGGCCGUUUGAGAUUUACCUUAAAACGUGAAAAG